AUACUAAGUUUUAAAAAGUAAUGAUAUUACUCAACGAAAUGUUUAUUUCGAUACGUAAAAUAAAACUGCUGGCUCUAUAUUAGAUGAAGUCAACUUCCGGUAAGUCUGUCGACAUAAUUCGAGACAGACGUAGUUGAUAACUGUCGCUUCUGAUUCACUUUCUCUUCUUUAUUCCUAAAACAGAUUUAAGUGUCUGUCUACAGAAAUAACGCUGGCGAAAGAACGUGCUAUGACAGUUUCGUGGGUGCUGAGAUGGUGUUUGAUAUCUACAUUCGGUCUCUCUUUGCUCGUUGCCAUAUCUAACGCAGAGUCGAUUCCAUUAGAACCAGGAAUUAAGAACGAUGCAGGACCACUGGGCUCGAACAAACACAAACUGGGGGUGUCACACACUGUUGACAAAACAGGCCCCUAUGGAACACAGAAAGAGACCGAAGCGAUAGGAUCAACUAAUUUAGGCUUUAUUCAUGCCUUUAUUGCUUCUCUAUCGGUCAUUAUAGUGUCCGAAUUGGGAGAUAAAACCUUCUUCAUUGCGGCUAUAAUGGCCAUGCGACAUUCCCGGGUGACAGUGUUUUUGGGAGCUAUGGCAGCUUUGGCACUUAUGACUGUUUUAUCUGCUAUUCUCGGUUUUGCAACUACAAUUAUCCCUCGGAAAUAUACCUUCUAUAUCUCUUCAUUACUCUUCGCUAUAUUCGGACUGAAGAUGCUGAAGGACGGUUACGAAAUGUCUGCGGACGACGGCCAGGAGGAGUACGAAGAAGUGCAAGCUGAUCUGAAGAAGAGAGAGGAUGAAAUGCAGAAAGCCAGCUACUCUCAGGACGUAGAGACUGGCAUAAUUCGAACUCCCGGCCGGCGAUGGCUGACCGGAUUAAUAUCUACAAUAUUUCUGCAAGCCUUGACUCUGACUUUUCUGGCUGAGUGGGGGGAUCGAUCCCAGGUGACGACGAUUAUUUUGGCGGCUCGUGAGGAUAUUUACGGUGUUAUAAUUGGUGGUGUCUUAGGACACUCUCUUUGUACCGGACUAGCUGUGGUUGGCGGCCGGAUAAUAGCACAGAGGAUUUCUACAAGAACUGUCACAUUGGUUGGAGGGGUUGUAUUUAUCAUGUUUGCCCUUUCUGCUUUGGUUAUAGGUCCCGAGUGAUAAUAUAUAGUUAUUGAUAUAUCACUGUAUAUUUAUGUAUAUAUUUGUAUGUAUGUAUGUGUGUGUGUGUGGUUCACACCAUCUAUUACAUUUCACUGACCCUUAUUAUCACUAGCCAUUAUUAGUCAUGUUCCUUUUGUUUGUUUGUUUGUUUGUUUUUAGCAAAAUCAUUUAUAAAAAAUGUUUCUUCAUAUGAAACUUAUGUCCAAUAUAUUCCAUAUCAAAGAUCUAUAAAAUUAUAGACAUAAAGAAAACUAACAAGAAACAAGUGUAACUACAUAUAACCCAUUACCUCUCAAUACCAUUUCGAGAUUUUUUUUAUCAUCAGAAUAAUGUGAAGAAUGUGGGACCACAAAUAAUAACCAGAGAAUUACAGUGCAUACACAUUAAUAUAUCUAUUCAAAAAUAGCAGUACACCAAUAUAUACGCAUAAUAAAUACGAAAAUUUUCCAUUCACAUACGUUUGUACACACUAUUGUUUGUAUACAAUAAGUUGAGAUUUUAUAACUUGAUAACCUUGCUUACAGCCAGAUAGAUGGUCGGGAAUAAUAUAUUAAGUACGUUUGAAUUUACAAACAGAAAGAAAGUCUGCGCAUUUACGUAGAAAAUAUAUUUUACUUUUGAAGUGUUUCAAUUUCAAAACUAAAAUCUGUACAUUCACUGUAUGGAGAUGGGUUUUUGUGAAGCUGUGAAAUAAGUACACGUUAAUAUUGAUGAUUUUCAAGGAAGAGAAAAGUACUUCCAGCGUUUUUCGCACUUCCUCUCUCCAAUACUAAUUCUGAAGUACGAGCGUAACUGAUGCAAUCCAUGAGUGGAGGUUAUAUUUUGAAUCCACUUCGGUUGUAAAUAAUCUUAAUGGGGCUGGUGUUUACGUCAUUUCUACCUUGUCACGUUGCUUGACUUCGUUUCGAACGUCUGUCGUUGGUUGAGAAACUGAUGUGUUUAUUGAAUAUAGUUUGAAUAGUCUUUUAGCUUUGUUUACUUAACACCCAAACAAGUCUUUGAAAGCGAAUGGCACAUCCCAAUAAUUUGGGAGAAAUGUUAACGUUUUAUUUAAUAUUUGUGUGAAAAUAGCUUUCUUUGACUCUUCUCUCGCUUUUUAUAUUCUUUUUAUCCACCCUUUCAAUACAAUGGAUGUUACUUGCAAACAUACUAACACGUGGGUGUGUCAUAUAUACAACAUACUUUCACACAUCUACACACGUCUACUUGUAUUUGCUUGAAGUUUACAAUUGUUCAUAUUUCUAUCAAAAGAAAAAAAAAAAAUUCAUCCAUAAAUUAAUUUCAUGAAAACUAUACAGUGUAUUUAGUUCUCUGUUUAUUUUAGGGUUUAGUAUCGAGUCCGACGAAUGGCCUGGAAUAAGGGGAUGUCAAUCAAAGCUCGGUGCAUUACCCCACCUCGUCACCAAUGUAUACCAAUUAGUUCAUCUAUUUACAGUUACAAAAACACCUUGUCACGUUGUCUCAAUUCCCCCUCCCGCAACUAUUACUACCACUGGUAUUGAGUCGGUUUGUCAGUGGUUGCAUUAGUGGUCUGCACGUAAUGAUAGACACUCAGGGAAACGUUUUGUUUAUUCAGUGCUAUUUUUUACUACUGACUUUUCUUUUUAUUAAUUAUUGUUUUAGAAUAAUAAUGAAAUGAUAACAUCCAAAGUUUUUUUUUUCUCAGAUGUCAAUGCUGGUGGUGGUGGUGGAUUUUGAAAUAACGUGGGAAGUAGCAUUUAAUGUGUUAACAAGGUAGCAAUAGUCGUAACCCAGUCUGAGGCGUGUGUAUCAUGCCAGUAACCUCACAUUCGCGCUUUAUGAACGAUAGCGUUGUGGGUUAUAGAAUUCCCAACUGCUUCACUGUAUACAAAUAUAAUGAUGGUGUUAUACAAUUGAUUGUUGACUACAGUAAUCUAGAAUUCUUUUACUGUAAGCUUGACUGACAAUCUUGAGUUACUCAAGUUUACACUUACACAAACAUUUCAAGAAUUAUUUUUGUCGUUAAUGAACAUUUUCUUUACAAACUUUAGAUAUACCAGGCGUAUGUAACUAUUCCAUGUCUUUGGUCUGUAUAUUAUUGAAGUAAUUCCCACAUGGAUAUACAAGUUGAUUAUUCUCACAUAGUACACAUUUUUUGUGGCAAGCUGUGUUUACUUUCACUGGGUGAACCUGAUGCAGCAGUUUAGGGUCAUUUCUAUAUGGUAGACCUCUGCUGUGCUAAGCUGUGACCGUUUUGAUAAAAGGUUUACCAUAAAAUGCAAGCACAUUGUUAAUCUGAAGUGAAAGUUUAGUUCCUGCGUGAUCUUCAAUUGUGUGCGCUAAGGUAAUUAAUUCGGUGAUCAUAAAAUAUGUGAAACUAACCGAGUUCUGUAUUUCUUUGAAGUUUCAACAAAUUGUUUAUACUUCCUCUACCAUGUUUAUAUUGUGUGUAUUAAGCAUUUCUCCUGGAAUCUUGUAUUUUAUUUGCCAUAUGUCUGUAGGAAGGUUAUGGCACCAAAAAUCUGAUACUUGAUCAACAGAAGUGACUAAUGAUCCAGAGGAAAAAAGCCAAUAUUUUAAUUCGCUAUGGCUUAGAUAAAUUAGUCUGAUCACAAGAUAAUUUUAUUAAAUUUAUACCAUGUAGAGAAGAUCCAUUAAGGCAGCUUCUUGCAUGUUGUUGACUUGAUAUCUGCACUCAUUUUUUACUCCGAUAGACAGGGCAUCCAAGUUACCUGCAGCCAGUCACUCAUGCUAGUUUUAAGGAAGAGUAAUAUCCAAUAUCUUUCUUGAGCCUGUUUAACUAGGUUCGAGAAAAAUGACUGAGUGGGGUCCAUGUUAAACUGUUGCAGGUUAGUGGAUAAAGGGGAAAUGUAGGCUGAGAGAGAGUUUUUGGAUAGGAAGAGUUAGACCAAGAAUAUUUUUGUCUACUGCUUUCAGUUUGAAAGAUGUCAUUUUUAUGUUUCACAAUUCAAUAGGUAUAUGUUGCAAAAGCUUCCUGUCUUAAUUAAAAUAGUAUUAAUUCCAAUGUGUUGUACAAUUAUUUUGUCAACAACUUUCCAACCAUACAGCUUAGUUAAAGUAAUAAUAAUAAUAAUAAUAAUAAUCAAAAGAUAGUAUUUGUAGAGAUUAAAUUUUUCAUUGUUUUUGAUUGUAGACAAGUUAACUCUGAUUUCACAACUAACCUAUUACAUCUAUGUUCAUAUGUAUAAAUGUUCUGAAGCAAUAGUGAUCUCAACCAGUGGGCAGCUUCUAGGUUCCCUAAAUUCAUCAUUACUUGCCCUCGCACUAUACCAGAGCUUGCUACCAUCUUCACUAUGCAGCAAUAUUUAUAUAUAUAUUGUAAAAUAAACAUUUGUAAAAAAAAGAAAAAAAAAUCUCAUUCAUUUACAAAGUA